AUGGCCACCGAAUCAACCCAAUCUAACUCCAAAAAGCUCUACACCGGCAGCUGCCACUGCGGCUUCGUGAAAUACACGGUGAACGUCGACCUUGGCAAGGCAAUCCCGAGCCGCUGCAACUGCUCUAUCUGUCUAAAAAAGGGCUCGAUAGCCGUGCGCGUGGCAGAAAAGGAGGAGUUCAAACUGGUUUCCCCGGCGUCCUUGGAGGAGCUGUCUGUAUACACCUUUGGUCGGAAAAAAGCAUACCACCGCUUCUGCAAGACGUGUGGGGUCUCCUGCUUCAUUGAUGGAUCAUAUGGCGAUGUUAAGUUUUUGACAGUGAAUGGGUUAACGAUUGAUACGGGUGAUGAGGGGAUUGAUUGGAGUAAGAUCCAUCUGCAGUACUGGGAUGGGAGGACUGAUGGAUGGACCAAAGGGCCGAAGAGUGAGCCGUAUCCGAAUGGGAGUUGGUGA